GUUAAAUACCUGACACAUAUUAAAAUUAAAUUAGAGAAAAGUGAAGGUCCUUCCAGGAGCUGGCGGUAACCUCUCCAGAGAGAUACUAUACUUCGAAGUUAGUGCGGGAACAUGACGCUGCCACUCCUGGUGUUUAUUGUAUAUCUGCUGUGGUUGAAAGACUGUCACUGUGCACCUACUUGGAAGGACAAAACUGCUGUCCACGGAGACCUGAAGGGUUUUGCCAAGGCUAGGGAGAUAGAUGCUGAUGAAGAGGUGAAGAAGGCUUUGGUUGGUAUGAAGCAGAUGAAAAUCAUGAUGGACAGGAGAGAGGAGGAGCAUACAAAUCUAAUGAAAACCCUGAAGAAAUGCAGAGAAGAAAAACAGGAGGCCUUGAAACUUAUGAAUGAAGUUCAAGAAUACCUGGAAGAGGGAGAAAGGCUAUGCCAGGAGUCUCUGGCAGAUUCCUGGGACGAAUGCAAGUCUUGCCUGGAAAGUGACUGCAUGAGAUUUCAUGCAGCCUGCCGACCUCAUUGGUCCUCUAUGGAAAAUAUGAUUGAACAGUUUUUCAGGAAGAUAUAUCAAUUUCUGUUUUCUUUCCAUGAAGAUACUGAAAAAGAUCUCCCUUUUGGUGGAAAGGUCAUGGAGGAAGAUGCACAAGUGACCCAGAUAGAGCAUGUAUUCAGCCAGCUGAUGGUGGACGUGAGAUUUCUCUUUAACAAGAGUUUUAACGUCUUCAAACAGAUGCAGCAAGAAUUUGACCAGGCUUUUCAGUCAUAUUUCAUGUCAGAUACAGACUUACUUGAGCCUUACUUUUUUCCAGCUUUAUUCAAAGAGCCAAUGAGAAAAGCAAGUCCUGUGCAAAGCUGGGACAUUCCCAGCUUCUUCCAGCUAUUCAGUGAUUUCAGUCUCUCCUUUUAUCAAAGUGUCAGCACAGCGGUUACUGAGACGCUGAAUGCCACAGACGAUUCACCCAAACAACACAAAGACGCUGACCCUGCAAACCAGAGUUCAAAGACAGUACCUGUGCAGGACAGAGGGCUGUGUGGAGAACGUGGCCAGAAUUUGUCAGAAUGUGUCCAAGUUCAUGCAAGAUGCCAAAAAUGUCAGGAUUACCUAUGGAAAGAUUGUCCUGAUGUUCCUGAAUUACAUACAAAAGUGGAUGAGGCCCUUAAACUGGUCAACAUAUCCAAUCAGCAGUAUAUCCAGAUUCUGCAGGUGACUCAGCAUCAUUUGGGGGAUACUACAUAUCUGAUGGAGAAGAUGAGAAAGGAAUUUGGCUGGGUGACUGAACUGGCAAACCAGACUCCAGAAACUGAGAACAUCUUCAACUCCAUAAAGGUAGUUCCAGGCAUUCGCCAAGGAAAUUUUUCCAAACAAGAUGAAACAAUGAUGGACUUAAGCAUUCUGCCUUCCCCCAAUUUCACGCUGCAGAUCCCUCUUGAAGAAAGUGCUGAGAGUUCUAACUUUGUAAGCUACAUGCUGGAAAAAGCUGUACAGCAUUUUAAGGAACAUUUUAAAACUUGAAAGGUAAGAAGAUCUGAUACAUCCUACCUCCAGCAAGUAGAAUCAUCACCUUAGCUGAGACCUGAAAAUCCUGGAACACAUGGAAUAACACAGCAAAUGUAGUUGCAGGGAUGUUUGCCAUUUACAUGUUAUGGAGUAUUGUUAAUUCUCUUAGGUUGAAUGGCAGUCUAAAAACUAUUCACAUUGAGUUACAAUAAAAAUUCAUUUUCAAAAUACCAAAUGUACAUAUUACUAUAUUCUGUGGUACAUUAAUAGUUCUUUAUAUGUAUUUGUAUAUUAAACAUUAAAUCACCAAGGUAUCUGUGUUCUAUCACUUCUACUAUAUAUAUCCCAAUUUCUAAUUAACAAAGAAUUCUUCUUCAAUUUGCUCUUGAAUUUCAUGUAUAAUAAUUAACUUUUUGAAUAAAUCUAUGAUUCAUGCCUUUGUUUAGUAAAGAUCUAUGGCUUCUACAUAAGGUUUGUGUGUGUAUGUGUGGUAAAACAUACAUAAC